AUGGCGUUUGUAACCCAGCACCAGAUCCAAAAGUUUCAUGAAGAUGGCUUCCUUGUCCUGGAGCAUUUUUUCACCACAGAGGAGUGUGACAGCAUGAGGAACCAGAUCCAGAGAAUCAUAGCGGAGAUGGAAGUGCCGCCGCACUGCCGCACCGCGUUCUCCACCAAAGAAGAGGAGCAGCUCCAGGCGCAGGGUAGUUCGGAUUAUUUCCUAACCAGUGGAGACAAGAUUAGAUUCUUCUUUGAGAAAGGUGUUUUGGAUGAGAAAGGUAACUUUCUAAUUCCAAAGGAGAAAUCAGUCAGCAAGAUUGGCCACGCUUUACAUGCUUACGAUCCUGUCUUCAAGCAAAUCACCCACUCUUCCAAGGUGCAGGAAUUGGGAAGAAAACUAGGCCUUGAGAGACCAGUAGUUGUGCAAAGCAUGUAUAUCUUCAAGCAACCUGGCAUAGGUGGCGAAGUGACCCCGCACCAGGAUGCCACCUUCCUGCACACAGAGCCCCUAGGCAGAGUCCUGGGUUUCUGGAUUGCCCUGGAAGAUGCCACGCAGGAGAACGGCUGCCUGUGGUUCAUUCCUGGCUCUCACACCAGCGGAAUUACCCGGAGAAUGGUCCGUGCACCUUCAGGUGCCUCAACCUGUGUAGAGUUUGUAGGAUCAGAGCGAGCCUACGAUGACAGCCAGUUCGUACCUCUGCCUAUAAGUAAAGGUGGGCUCAUUCUUAUCCACGGUGAAGUUGUCCAUAAGAGUGAACUGAACAGCUCGGAGUCUUCUCGCCAUGCAUUCACCUUCCACGUGAUGGAAGCCAAAGACACCAGCUGGAGCAAAGAGAACUGGCUCCAGCCAACUCCCGAACUUCCUUUUCCAUCGCUCUACACUUGA